CUCCUUCCUCCUUCCCAACUACGAAUAAGAUCGGGAGGAGCCCGAAAGAAAGCCCCCAAACCAAGAACGGAAACGGAAGCCUUUCUAUUCACUCCCCAUUCUCUUUUAAAUAAAGAUCGCCCUCGAGCCCUGGGCAGGUCGGCCGGGUCUUUCCCUGUUGUUCUGUUUCCGCCACGAGAAAGACGCACGGAAGAGAUAUGCCCAGCGCGCGGAGGAUCCGUUGAGACUUUCUGUUGUCUCGGUAGGGAACUGUAUGAUCUUUUCCCCUAUUGUUUGAUCCAAUAUUGA